UAGUGUCGUUCGUUCGUUCAACGGUAGUGAUCAUGCGGGUAAUCGUACGGUUUGUUCGAAAUUAUCGUUUAUAAAUAAACAGUUAUUCGAUUUGUUUAUAAUAAAAAACUUAUUCUUUGUGUUUCAAGUUUAGUUAGUUUUUUGUGUGAAAUAUUUUGUUGAGUUGCACCAAGUUAUUAAGUUACCAAGUGGAUUACUUAUCAUCAUUUUAGUGAAUAAAAGGAAACAUUUUGGCGAACGACACUUUUUUGGCUUUCCGUUCUAAAAGUUUAAAACAACCCCUGCAGCCAUUAUUUCCGGUAAUCUGGGCGGUAUGAGCUAAAAUCCGUCCGACGGAUCUGAAGAGUGGAAGGAAGAGAGAGCUGUCCUCGCCUGAAGCAAUCCAUCAUCGGUUGCUGCUCCUACUGGCGUCCCAGAACCACACCAAUCAAGGAACAUGAGAUCUAAUAAAGAAUGCAUCAUCCUCCUCCUAUUUUUGUCGAUACAAAAAGAUUGUGCGGCAACCAAUUUAGCACCAUCAUUUUCAUUAGACAUGAACAAUUUCGUUUUACCAGAAAAUACAAAUGUAGGUGAAGUCGUUUAUCGUUUGGAAGGUUCUGAUCCGGAAAAUAGUCCGGUUCAUUUCAGUCUCUUUGGAACUGACCUACUCGAAGUAGAUUCUGAUAAUGGUCAAGUUAAAUUGGUCAAACCUUUAGAUCGUGAAAUUAAUGAUACGUUAAAUUUCUUCGUCAGUAUAAGAGAUGAAGUCAAAGAUGCUCCCGUUGGCGGUGAUAACGUCGUAACAAUUCCCGUUACGAUUAUAGUUUUAGACGUAAACGAUAACGCACCAAUCUUUCAAAAUGUGCCAUAUAACAUUGAAGUUAAAGAAGAUACCCCAAUUAACACAACGAUUUUUAAUGAAAUCAUCGUAACCGAUGUGGAUACAGUUGGAGAAACUUUAGAGGUUGAAUGUGUUGAGCUGCCAGAAUACUUAAAUGCUUGCGAAUCGUUUAAAAUAAAAACGAUCGAAUCAGAUCAAAAUAAAUAUUUAGGAGAGAUUGUUCUUAAAGAUAUUUUGGAUUAUUCCAUUCAGAGUGGUUACGCUUUUUUAUUAAAAGCAAGCGAUAGCGAAUUGGAAAAUACGACUUUAGUUAAUAUUACGAUUAGAGAUGUUCAAAAUACUCCGCCAAAGUUUUAUGGGUCAUUAGAAGCUGAAGUUUAUGAAGAUGUUCCGAUUAAUACUUUAGUUAUGACUGUUCAUGCUGAAGAUGGGGAUAGACAAAUGCCAAGAAAGAUUAUGUAUGAAUUAGUUAAUAACCCGAUGAAUUAUUUUUUAUUAGACGCCGUAACCGGAGAAUUAAGAACCGCAAAACCGUUAGAUCGCGAAGCUUUAGACAACCCAAGUGGGGUUUUAAAAUUUAAUAUAAGGGCAAGAGAAUUAGUCGAUGGUAAUAAAAUCGAAGAUCCUUCAAUAAUGACAACGGUAGAAGCAACAGUUACUAUAAAAGAUGUUAAUGAUGAACCACCAAGUUUUAAUCAAAGAGAAUAUUCAGUUGAAAUUUCUGAAGAUAUCGCGGAAGGUUCACCACUUCCCGGACUUAAUAUGAUUGUAAAAGAUCCCGAUUUGGGCAACAACUCAAUUUUUUCGUUAACCCUUCAAGACAUCUCCGGUGUAUUUUCCGUCGAACCAAAAACGGCGAAAUCCUCAACAAACGUUUCCAUAAUCGUAACAAACUGUUCCUUAGACUACGAAGAUCCAAAUCAACGACAAUUCAUAAUUUUAGUAAUCGCCAAAGAAAUCCAAACCGAUUUGUUAUUAUCAUCAACGGCCACCGUUAAAGUUACGGUCACAGACGCGAACGAUAACGCACCUACUUUUGACCAAGAUGCCGGUUACACGGCUGUUAUUUCAGAAAUGGCCACCGGAAGCACGUUGGUUACGACGAUUGUUGCGAGAGAUAGAGAUUCCGGGCGAUUUGGCGAAGGCGGAAUCGUUUAUCAAUUAGUUGGAAAUGGAGCCGAAAAGUUUAUUGUUAAUGAACGAACCGGUGCUGUUACUGUAAAAGAAUGUGAAACUCCCGGAAGGGAACCUUGUUUAGAUUUUGAAAUUAAACCGGAAUAUUUUUUGCAAUUUAAGGCAACAGAUGAUGAUGGUAAAGGCCAAACAUCUUUAGUGCCUCUAAAAAUAACAUUAAUGGAUCAAAAUGAUAACCCACCGAUGUUCACCCAACCAGUUUACAGAGUUUUCAUUAACGAAGGGGCUUCAAAAUUCGAUCCCGAGGUAACAAUAACAGCUAGAGACAUGGAUAAAACAUCGAAAUUAAUUUAUUCGAUAAUCGCUGGAAACGAUAACGAUUUAUUUAAAAUAGACUCGAACACAGGAAAAUUAAAAGUAUCAAAUAACAAAGGUUUGGAUUUAACGAACGAUUCAAAAACGAACGAUAAUAUAGUUUUAACAAUCGAAGCUAAUGAUGGAAAAUUCACAACGACAACAAUGGUUAAUAUAACAAUUAAAGAUGUCAAUAAUAACAACCCGAUUUUUGAAAAGGAGAAUUAUUUACUCGACGUUGCCGAGGAUGUAUCAAUCAAUACGAGCGUUUUAAAAAUUAAAGCUCACGAUGCUGACGUUGGUUUAAACGCCGAAAUUCGGUAUAAAUUCCAAAAAGGGAGUUUCGAAGAUUUUUCGAUUAAUAAUGAAAGUGGUGUUGUGACUGUUUCAUCGAAAUUAGAUUACGAUAGGAGGAAAACUUAUCACAUUGAGGUUGUUGCAACUGAUUUAGGAGAACCAUCUUUAACGGGAACAACAACGUUAAUUGUAAAUAUUAUUAACACUAAUGAUAAAUUACCAUAUUUUGUGCCAACGACUCAAAAAACUGAAGUAAUGGAAAAUGCCCCAAUUGGAAGUGUUAUUUAUACUUUAAUUGCGUUAGAUCAAGACGUAAAUACGUCGGAAUCGUUAAAUUUUGCUGCUACGGAACCGAUAACAGCGCUGGAUAAAUUUGGGAAACAAAUUUUAGAUAAUGAGAUUUACAAGGAAUUCUUCUCCGUUGAUAAAAACACGGGGAAAGUGAUUGUAAUGAAAGAAUUAGAUAGAGAUGUAGCCGCCGUUAUAAGAAUUACCAUUUUAGUAACUGACAUAACAGCUCCUACUUUACAACAAGGUGAAGGUAUUUUAAUUAUAACAGUGAGCGACGUAAACGAUUCACCCCCAUUUUUUGUUCCACCUUGGAGGCCUGAUUUACCAUUUUACCAUUUAGAUUUGAAAGAAGAAUUGCGAAUCGGCACAAUUGUUGCUACAUACAUAGCUCAUGAUGAAGAUUCCGAUAUCGCCGGAUACGUAAUCGAUCCACCGAGUGAAUAUUUCGAAAUAAAUUACGGAACCGGAAUCGUCCAAAUUAAAAAAGAAAUUGAUUACGAAAAAAUAAAAUCGUUAAAUUUUACUGUUAUCGCAUCAGAUACUGGGGUUCCUCAAUUGAAUUCUUCGGCCACUGUUAUUGUUAGCGUUAAAAAUAUUAAUGAUAAUGACCCGAUUUUUUCGCAAAACGAAUAUAAUGUUUCAAUCAAUGAAAAUUCGCCGGUUGGAACUCCGAUUUUAACCGUGAAAGCCACCGAUUUAGAUGCUGAUGAAUUUGGGGUGAUUACUUACAAUCUAAUUGGAGAGCACAGCGAAAAUUUCGUGAUUAACCCAAGAAGUGGGUUGGUCACCGUUGGAAAUAAAGAAUUUUUAGACCACGAAAUCAUUAAUGAAACGACGAUUCAAGUCGUCGCAGUUGAUGGAGCCCCCGGAAAUUUAAAACGCUCAUCUUCAGUUCCUAUUCAUAUUCAAAUAAUUGACAUAAACGAUAACGCCCCGAAAUUUAAUCAAUCACACUAUAACGCCAAAGUGAUUGAAAACGUUCGAUUAAACCCACCAACUCCUAUUUUACAAGUUCACGCAAUCGAUAACGAUGUUCACAGCCAUAUUCGUUACAAAAUAGUCGAAGGAAACAAAGAUAAUUUAUUCCUCUUAAGUGAUGAAACUGGAGUUUUGUACCCCCACAAAUCUUUAAUUGGAAACACAAAUGAAUUUAAUUUAAUAAUAGAAGCUUCGGAUGGGGAAGGUUCCGAUUCUUUAUCCGAUAAAGCCACCGUUAAUAUUAAAGUAAUGAACGUCAACGAACACAAACCGAAAUUUAUUUUACCAGCUUUACAAAAUUCGACUUUAGAGAUAACCGAAAAUUCGGCUACAACCAAUUAUUUAGUGUUAACAGUUAAAGCUUUCGAUAAAGACAUCGGCGAAAACGGAAGAUUAACUUAUCAUUUACGCGUCAACGACGAAAACGUACAAGAAACCGAAGAAUUUUCAAUCGAUGAAGAAACCGGGGAAUUAAGAAGCAAAAAAUAUUUAGAUCGGGAAGUAAAAGGUCGCUAUGAAUUAAUUUUGGUCGCUAAAGAUCACGGUAAUCCUUUGUGGUACGAAACUUUAGCACAUUUAACCAUAUUAUUGGUCGAUAUGAAUGAUAAUCGCCCCGAAUUUCCCGACUCGCAAACAACAAAUCCUUACGUAUUUUAUGUAAUCGAGAACGGCGAUAAAAACGAAAAAAUCGGGCAGGUUAAAGCUUUAGAUCGAGAUGAAGGCCAACACGCUAAAGUUUAUUACUAUUUAUUAUGGAACGAAAACGAUAAUAAAGCCUUUUAUAUCGAUAAAAACGAUGGCGGGAUUUACACGAAUAAAUCUUUCGAUCGCGAAACCAAAGACGAGUAUGACUUGUAUAUUUUCGCGACAAACGAUGAUGAAUUUUAUUUAAUAAAAGAAGAUAAAAACGAUAUCAUUGAAAACGAAAUAAUCGCCCACAACAGUAGCAUAGCUAAAGUUAAAAUAAUAAUCAAAGAUUUAAACGAUAACAUCCCAAAAUUCGAACAAAACGUUUAUUACACAGCUGUUAACGCAAUGGCUAACAUAAACGAUUUUAUAACAAACGUAACAGCAAUCGACAACGACGAAGGUUUAAAUGGAACCUUAAAGUAUUUCAUUAAAGCAUCUAAUUUGUAUAAAUACGGUUCAAGUACAAGUUCUGGUUCGAUUAUCCCAUCACCUUUCAAUAUAACUCAAAACGGUCAAUUAAACACAGCAACUUAUUUAGCUGAAAACAACCAGCAUAGAUUUAUAGUUGAUGUGAUUGCGCGAGAAGUAGCCUUCCCCGAACGAGAAGCAACAACAAAAGUACACGUAUGGAUUUUCGAACCAAACCAAUUAAUAAGAAUCAUCUUAUCAAAACCCGUUGAAGAAGUUUUAAGAGAAAAAAAUGAAAUUUUAGCCGAAUUAAGUAACGCAACCCAAAGUCGAGUUAUCAUGGUUGAUAUACGCUUUAACACCGACGAUAUGGGCCACAAAAACGAAGAAUGGUCUGAUAUGUACAUCUUAGUGGUUGAUCCAUCAACUCAUACAAUUCUUCCAGUUCCCGAUGUACUUAAAGUUGUCGAUGCAAAAUACGAUUUUUUGAAAGAUUACUAUUCGGGAUUUGCAAUCGAAAACGUCUUGCCGGCGUUAAUCGUCGAAAAAGAAGACGUUUUCGAUCCAGCUUUAGCAGCGCUUAUCGCCCUUUUAAUAGUUUUAUUCGUUGGAGUAAUUACUUUUAUCGUCGUUUGUUGUUGUCUACGACAUUGGGCUAUUUCGCCAAAUAAUCUUAAGAAAAAGGACGCUUUAAUUAAAAAGGCCAUAAUCGACGAUUUAAAUACAACCGAAAAUCCACUUUGGAUAGAACAAAAAUUAAAAAUUUACGAAGAACAAGAAUUAACAAUGCAAGUUUUUAACGAACCCGAAAACGGCUUGAAUCGAAGAGAUAGCGAUGACUUAGUUCCGGAUGAUAACACUUACGCUACUAUUCAACAUCCGAAUCGAAGGGGAUCAUCACAUGUAGCUACUUUAUCCAUGGGUCAUGAUGAUAUGGCUGAUUAUGCAACGUUAUCUGGGGUGCCACAUCAUUCCAUAAGUGCCAAUAGUUCUUUGAGAGGUGCACCAAAUUUUUAUGAAGCAGCAAUGGGCUUCCAAGGAUCAACAUUUCAAGUUCCAGAACAUGCGGGAAGUACCAGCGAUUCUUUCGACGACUUCCGGACGAGAUUUAAAGGAUCUGGUUUGACGAUAAAUAACGAUGGUCAACCGGAAUUCGUAGCCGAAUUGAUAUUUAGAUUAUUAUCAAAUUUUUUACCGUCAUUUAAUUGUCCAUCUGUUGUAUCAGCAGGAAGGUAUUUAUCCACAUAUUUAUCAGCAACGUUGAGAGCCCCAUCUAAUUUAUCAGCGGCAAAUGCGGUGUAUUUGCUGGAUAAAACGGCGUUUCCAAUUUGUUUAACUGAAUUGGCCGUUUUAGAUGACAUUAAUAAUCCUUUGGUAGUAAUUUGGAGAUUUAAUAACAAAUUUGUUCAAUACCAUUUUAAAAUGACUAAAUCAUUUUGGAUUUUCGGGACAAUUUGUUUACUCGUUUUAAAAGUUUCAAUAAUCGAUGCUAAACUGGAAUUGAUAGGACCCGAUGAUCCGAAUAUCGAUUUUGUUGAUUUGGCAGGUUCUGUUACUAUCUCGAUGGACGAGGAAAACCAAGGAGAUGUUAUUAUCGCCCAUAUUAUUCAGGAUCAAGGAACGAAUACUCCGGAAAUUCAAUUCAUUCCUGCAUCAGAUUUAGAAGUUACCGGGAUGAAAAUUAUUGAAAGUGGGGAAGAGAAAAAAUUUAAUCUUGUAGUCACGAAAAGGCAAGAUUUCGAAUCCGAAUACAAAUCGUUUGUUUUUGAUAUUUGGGAUAACGUUGAUGAGUUACAGAAACAGGUUAACUUGAAAAUCAGAAAUAUUGACGAUAACGUCCCGUUUUUAACAUCCAAUGAUCUACAAUGUUCUAUUAAAGAAGCUGAAUGUUGUAACACUGGAUGUGAGUAUUUAAUAACCGAUGAUGACAGGGAGCUGGGUCAAAUCUCGUGGUUAAUUAACGGUGAACUAACAGACGAACGUUUCGAAUUUGAGGGAAUUUCUCCAGAUAAUUUAAAAGAUAACGAAAUGGCUAUAACACUAAAAUUAAGAAAAGAAUUAGUUUACGGAGAUGGUUCUUUUUACAUAAUAAAUCUAUCAAUAAAAGAUACGGUACACACAACAGAUCCUACAAGAAUCGCUGUUACUGUCAUUGAUGUUCCCAAUUUACCUCCGGUUUGGGUUAAAAUCUUUCAAUCGAAAACAUUUGAGGAAGAGUUAGAACAAGAAUUUCAAGUAGAAGCAAAAGAUGGUGAUAUAGGAAUCGAUACUAAAAUCUAUUAUCAACUCAAUUUUGACCAAAUCGAAGAUUGGAAUAAUAAAGUUUCUAUAGAUCCCGACGGAAAAAUCAGUGUUGCGAAAUUAGAUCGAGAUGAGGAAAACCGCGAUAUUUACACUUUUAAGGUAAAAGCGUGCGAAGAAGGUAGUCCCGAGUCUGAAGAAACGUGUAUUGAACAAGAAAUCAUAUUCAUUUUAAGCGAUAUAAACGACAAUCGGCCGAUUUUUACAAUCGAUCCACCAAGCGAUAUAACCGAAGAAAAUAUUAUUUAUCUCGAACUUUUAGAAACAACCGCAAGCACAAUUUCAACGAAAAUUAAUCUUAACGAUAUAGAUACGGGUAUAAACGCAAGAUAUUCAUUAAAAUUAUCAGGAUAUGACAACGAAGUCGAUCACAAAAGCGCGUUUUCAGUAGCCCCUGAGAGUGGUUACCAAGAAACUUCCGUCGACUUUCUUAUCAUCAAUUAUUUAAAAUUAGAUUAUGAAAAGGAAAGCUGGCGAACAUUUUCGCUGACGUUGACAGCUACUGAAUCUGCCGAUCCAAUUAAUGACGAAAUUCAUAAACCAAUUACGUUUCAUAUAACUCUUUUAAAUAGAAAUGAUGAAUUACCCAAUUUCAUAAAAUGUAACGAAGAUGGCGAAACUAAACCAGAUGACUGUGUUAUACGAAUCGAAGAAACUUACAAUGACACGGAACAACGUUUGAUUCAAAUGCAAGCUGAAGAUUUAGAUGUAGAUGGAACUUUAACCUACGCAAUCUUAGGCACUUACGCAAAUCAAAUUUUAAAAAUAGACGACACCACAGGAGAAAUUUACUUGAACGAAGCAUAUGGACGACGUCCCUUUGACUACGAAUCCCAAGAAGAAGUAAUCGUUCAAGUACAAGUAAAAGAUGGCUUAGAAACAGAUAAAGAUACAACAAACAUCGCACUCAGUCAACUUACAAUAAAAUUAAAAGACGUAAACGAUGAGACUCCGAGAAUUUCAGUUGAAGCAAGUGGUGAUGGAGUCCCUGAAAACUGUGGAACCCAAUGCGACAUUGGUAUUACAAUAACUGCAACCGACGAAGAUUCCUAUUCCAAGUUAGAAAUAACAAUCAAGUGGGACGAAUCUUCAGCCAUCAAAAACGGCAGAAAAGUAACCGACUCCGAAGAAUUCGCAAAAUAUAAGGAAUGCGUCAAAUUGGUUGUUGAUCCUACAUCGUUUCGAUCCAGACUCAUAGCUACAUUACAGUUUAUAGAAACCGAAGAAACGAUGGGUAACACGCCAGAUUUUGAAAUUUUCGAUACUUUGGAUUUAAAAAUCGUCGCCACAGAUAUAAAUCAGAUCGAUUCGGAAACGCCAAAUUACGUUUCCACCAACGUUCAAAUUUACAUAAACGACAUCAAUGAUAACGAACCAAUCUUCCCUGAAGAUGUUUCAAAGCCUUACAAAUUUAGAGCAACCGAAAAAACCGAAACUAAUACAUUAAUUGGUUAUAUAACGGCCACCGAUGCUGAUGUUGAUGCUAAAUUAUCCUAUUCUAUUAAGCCAAAAGAUGAUAAUCCCAAUUUAGAUGGUCUUGUUAAAAUAGACGAAAAGGAUGGAAAAUUGACAACAACAGACAAAAAAAUUGAUGCUGAUACAGAAAAGAUUUUUAAAUUAUAUUAUACAGUAACUGUUUCCGAUGAGGUCCAUAUUGCAAAUGCUGAGGUUGAAAUUGACAUUGAAGAUAUAAACGAUCAAGACCCCAUAUUUGAAGUUGAUGAAACUAUAGAUGAUGUACCAAUUGCAGAACAAUCAGAAGCAGGUACACCUGUGGCACAAUUUCUUGCAUUCGAUGGGGAUCGCGAUGAGGUAAACAACAAAAUAACAUACUCGUUUAGUAGCAAUAUGGAUAAAGAACUAAGAAAUUACUUUAAAAUCGAUGAAGAAACUGGAGAAAUUACGGUUGCCUAUACGGAUGAUGAUCAAAAAUUAGAUAGAGAUAAUGAUAUUCCGAAAGCACCAAUAAUUAUCCACAUAGAUGCUAGGGAUCCAGGAAAUCGUGUCGAUUCAAUAAGCUUUAGAGUUAUACUUACAGAUAUUAAUAAUAACGAGCCAGUUUUAUUAACGAAAGGGCCGUUUUCAAUCGGUGAAGAUAGUUCAGCUAAACAAUUUAUUACCGAACUUAAAGCAAGUGAUGCUGAUGAGGGGGAUAACAGCAAAGUAUCGUUUGAGAUAGUUGGGGAUAUAAUAGGAGAUGAAAAUUUAUGUAACAAAGAAGAUAAAAUCGAAUUUAGUUUAACCGAACCAAACGAAACAGAACGAACUGUUAAGUUACUAACCGGCGUAAAAUUAGUAGGAUUUUUAAAUGAUUAUAAAGUGACGGUAAAAAUGACUGAUCAUGGAAACCCUGCGCAAUCAUCAGAGGCUACUUUUACGGUUAACAUUAAUAAAUACAAUUUUAAUUCUCCCGUUAUCACAUCCCCACAACAAGGGGCCACAAUCCACUUGGCUUUAAAUCAAAGUCCGGGUAAUCCCAUUCAAUUACUCGACGAAGGAAAAACUUUAAGUUUAGAAGCGCACGAUGAUCAAUGUGGAAAAUAUCGACCAACAUUCUCAGUGCAAGAUGACAAAAAUUUAUUCACGGUUACCUCGUCUGGUUAUCUAACCAUUCAAAACAACGUAGAGUACGACGAAAACGUACCUUAUCAAGCAACCAUAAUCGCCACAACAGUGGGUGAACCAUCCGACAAGUCAUCCCAAAUAACCGUAACAUUUUUCUUUGUCAAUUAUAACAUUAACCCUGUAUUUGACGAUGAAAACCGAGAAGCUGAGACAAAUGGGUUUCAUGAAAACAAAAUAGGUGAAGAGUUCGAGUUUCCAAAAGCAAAAUACGAAGUCGAAAUUGCUGAAGAUUUAGGAUUACCAAUUUACUAUAUUAUCAUAGAGGGACAAUCAUUGUUUUCUAUUCCUAAUAAUCAAAAACCCAUUAUUCGGUUGGAUAAUGAAGUUGAUUAUGAAACAACCCCGGUUAUUACCGUUGUUGUUCAAGCUUCCAAUAGGGAAAGUGGUGAAAUUGGAGGUUCAGAUAGAGCUAAAAUAACUAUUACUGUUAAUGUACAAGACAUAAACGAUAACCCCCCGGAAUUUGAAAGAGAAAUUUAUUAUACAACAUUAAAAUACGACGAUAAGAAAGAUGACACCCUCAUACAGGUUAAAGCAACUGAUCCGGACGUAACCGAUGUGAUUAGCUACGUUAUAGAAAAAAUCGGUGAUUAUCCAUCUAAUUAUCCUAAAUUAUAUAUCGAUAAUAAUGGAGCAUUAAAAUUAAGUAGUGAUUCUAAUAGCGCAGCUACAGGUUAUACAACUGUUAAAAUUUGGGCAAGGGAUUGCGUUGAAAGCGGAUCAUUAUGCAGCGAUGGUCACGAAGUAAGUGCAAACGUUGAGAUUUACGUAGUCAACGAAGAUAAACACAUUGUAAAAUUCAAAUUCAAAAAUGUGAUUAUUGAUGUUGAAAAUAAAAAGGAUGAAAUCGCUGAUGUACUUUCCGAAACGUUUAAAAAUGACAAAGGAACACCUUACCAAGCGAAUAUAAAACGUGCGAUUGAAGAUGAUUCCGAUGAAUCAUCUAAACGAGCUGAUGAUGAUGAAUCGGAAACUUCUACCAUCACAACUUGCGAAAUUUAUUUCAUUGAUACUGAUAGUCACGAACCGGUAGAGAAAUCAGUGAUUGAAUCGUUCGCCAGCGAUGUAAAAACAUACGAUAAAUUACAACAGGAUUUCACACAAUACGGAUUAAUUUUGAUUAGUUUCUCUUCGACCUCAGCCGACGUUGAUAACACCGUCGAAGUUUUAAGGGCUUGGUUAAUUGGUGUAGCGGUUAUUUUAGGAGUUUUAUGCAUUCUACUUAUUGUUGCUUUUGUAUUAAAAACAAGAAGCCUAACAAAACGUUUAAAUAAAUUAUCUGUAACGAAAUUUGCAUCACAAGAAUCGGGAUUAAAUAGAAAAGUUGUACCGAAUACGAAUAGGCAUGCUUUGGAAGGUUCCAACCCAGUUUUUAGUUCUGAAAAAGAGCUUCCAGAAGAAGCAGAUCGACAAAGCAUUAGCAGCGGUGAUUCUGAUCUUAUAGGAGUAGAAAAUAAUCCUGAUUUUGAACGAAAAAUUCAGAGUAAUGGCGUGGAAAGAUAUUAAAAGAUAGAUAUGGAUAAAUGAUUUUAGAUAUGUAUAUAUUAAGUAUUUAUAGUAUUGUUAGGUAUAUUUAAUAUAAUUGGAAUCAUUUACCUAGAGUGAAUUUUAAGUCUUAAAAUAUAUAAUUUUCACAGUACAAUCAAUAA